UUGUGAGCAGGGUGCGCAUAUUUUUUCCCGCACGGCUCGCUUCCCCUGUUUUUCGCCCGUAUUUCGAGCCCCACUACUAUUCCCCUCAUGCGCCUUCGCUGACCAUUCCUAGCAUAUCCCCAUCAAGUACUAGACCCCGCCAUGGUCGCGUCGUCCCCACUUUCCGGCCGACCGAAAAAAUAUGCGAUGCCUGCUUGUGAGUCGCUCCCGUUAACCAUAGGAAGAAGCUGGUAUAGAAGCUACUUGUGAGUCGCUCCCGCCUCUUCCAUCAAGCUCUUAGUUAUAAGUCAGUUCCUAGCCGAGCAUUUACCAAAGCGCUCCCGGAACUCAAGAUGGAUGGGACUCAAAUCCGCAAGCAACAAGGACGUACGCGAAAACGCAGGCCUAAUAAAAGAACUAGACGUUCCGGUGCCAAAGAACGUUCGAAAAGAUUACAACGACAAAUUAUUAAGCAAUUAAAGGAUCAACUGCCAUUUUUAAAUUUACCCAAGGAAACAUCGCAUCCGGAAAGGCCGUGUUACUCGCCCGUUUCGCAAGCAUCCACCAUAAUAAUAGAAUCCGAUUCAGAUGUAGAAACAAUUAUUCACGAGGAAAUUAAUACAGACAACGUGAUUAAAGUAGCAAAUCACGCAGAGAUUCCAAACGAAUUAUUAAAUCGUUGCGUAAAGGAAGUCAAACUUUAUAUGCAAGGAUAGUGUAGGAUGCAGAAAGGUUAAAUAAAUAAAACAAAUAUUAUUCAAAGUUAUUUUAAA